CACAGAAAGUUGCCUUCUCUUUUCUUUUCUUCUCUUCUCUUCUCAACGUGCAGAACUUCAUAAAUAUGGGUACUGCAUCGUGCUUGUUAACAGUAGUCUUGGUUCUUCUGAGUAUUGUUGGUUUCUGUCAUGCUGGUGUAACCAGUAGUUAUGUUCGGAAAGCUGAGGCAUCUCCUGACUUGCCGAAAGAAGCAUUUCCUCCUCCUCCAGGAUUCAAUGCACCAGAGCAGGUUCAUAUAACCCAAGGAGAUAGUGGAGGACAGGGUGUGAUUAUUUCAUGGGUUACACCGUUAAUGUGGCAUCCGAAUUUUGUGACCUAUUGGGCAGCAGAGGGCAACCUCAUGAAUUAUAAGCUUACUGCUCCGGCCAAAAUCACCUCUUACAAAUACUAUACAUAUACUUCUGGUUACAUUCAUCAUGCCACCAUUAAAGGAUUAGAGUAUGACACCAAAUACUUUUAUGAGAUCGGGAUUGGCGAGUGUGCCCGUCAGUUCCACUUCAGAACUCCUCCCAAAGUGGGGCCAGAUGUUCCAUACACAUUUGGCAUUAUUGGUGAUUUGGGACAGACAAGUAAUUCUAAUGAGACGCUUGAGCAUUAUAUUGCCAACCCGACUGCGCAGACUAUGUUGUUUGUAGGUGAUCUUUCUUAUGCAGAUGAUCACCCAAACCAUGACAAUGAGAGAUGGGACACAUGGGGCCGCUUUAUUGAGAAGAGUGCUGCGUAUCAGCCAUGGAUUUGGACUGCUGGCAAUCAUGAACUUGAUUAUGCUCCACAAAUUAAAGAAUAUGUUCCUUUCAAGCCCUAUAUGAACAGAUACCACGUGCCCUACAGAUCAUCGCAGAGUACAUCCCCACUUUGGUAUUCCAUCAAGCGUGCAUCUGCACACAUCAUUGUCCUCUCUUCUUACUCAGCAUAUGGUAAAUACACUCCUCAAUACACUUGGCUCCAAAAGGAGCUCACCAAAGUUAAUCGAGCUGAAACUCCUUGGCUUAUAGUUCUUCUUCACUCACCAUGGUAUAACAGCAACAACUACCAUUAUAUGGAAGGAGAAAGCAUGAGAGUGACUUUUGAAUCCUGGUUUGUUGAAAGCAAAGUUGACAUUGUUUUUGCUGGUCAUGUUCAUGCCUAUGAGCGUUCAGAGCGAAUAUCGAAUGUGAGGUACAAUAUAACAGAUGGACUCAGCACGCCAAUAAAGGACCAAUCUGCACCAAUAUACAUAACAAUUGGAGAUGGCGGUAAUGUUGAAGGCAUUGCUGACAGUUUUACUGACCCACAACCAAGUUAUUCUGCAUUCCGGGAAGCAAGCUUUGGGCACGCAAUUCUGGCUAUAAAGAAUAGGACCCAUGCCCACUAUACUUGGCACCGCAACCAAGAUAGUAAUGCUGUUGCUGCUGAUUCUCUUUGGCUAUACAACAGGCACUAUUAUCCAGUUGAAGAGCUUAGUCAUUAAUUAGGAGGCACUAAAGUCCUAGUCCAUUUUUCAUUUAGACUGCCAAUUUGGUGCAGCUUGGUUUUUCAUGUUUGUUUAGAUUGUCUCGGUUUUAAUCAUUGUCAAGUUAAGUUUUUCUGGGUAGUAGUAUUUAUAAUGCAAAUAAUUUGAACUAAUGUCAGAUAAUUUGGUAGCCAGCAGCUCUGUCUUUGGAAGUCAAAUCAUGAUCAGGUUUCCCCAAUCCAUUCAUUCAUCUCUUGAGAGCCCAAGGCUUCCUCCAAUAUUUCUGCUUCAUUCAUCUCUUGAGAGCCCACAAAAACUUUUCCUUUUCAACAAUCAGCUAAUGCUGAAGUACCACCACCUAUUUCAAAGUUUGGCAGAAAGUCGGAUGCACUGUAGGGCAUAUACUUUUAACUGCUCCUCGUAUCAUCAAAUUAACUGCUAGAGUUAGGAAGUAAUGGUUGAUAGAUAGUGGCAUAGCCAGAACUUUCUCCAUCUUUGUUUUCAGAACAAAGAAAAAUGAGAUCUUACCAACUUUAUUCCCCUUAAUAAACAGAUAUUGCAGCUUGUCUACUUUACAAUUGACAGGAUUUGUCAGUCUAUCUUGCUCUGCACUUUGAAAAGUAUUUGUGGUUGAUGUUUAACAAUAAUAUGGCAUUUAUCACCUCAAAGAUUUCUAAAAGCAA